AAAUCAAAAUAAAAAUUAGAAGAAGAAAAUGAAAAAAAAGAAGAAAAAGAAGUUAGUUCACUUUUAAUUUGAUCUCAGAUUAGAACCCUAAAAAUUGGAGAAGAUAGUGACAAGUCAAAUAAAUAAGAGAAUCAAAAGACAAGCCUUCCUUUUUAUCCCUCUGAAUCAAUUCAAAUUUAAAAAGAGCAAAUGAAUCCCAAGAAAAUGGCGCACAACAACUUCUUCUCCUCUCUGAGACAGGUUGAGAAAAGAAUGAAGCUUGAAAACCCAACAACAGUGGAAACUAACUACGAAGAAUCUCUGAGCACACCAUUAUAUCUCCACACAGACCAAGAACCCAUUAACAACAACAGCUUGACAUCUUCUAAUGAAGAAAGCAGUGAACCCCCACUAGCAUUUCUCUCACCUUCGUCACAAUCAUCUCCAAAAACCUCCCAUUUUUACCCCAAAAUCAUCAAAGAAUCCAAAACCAAUGACAUUGAUGAUAUUCAACACUUAAUUCAGCUUUUGGGUUUAUCAGAUAUUAGAGAGAGAAACCGAAGACACCAAGAAGAAGACGAUGUCAAUGAGAGGGUUUGUCUUGGUGGCGGCGGCGGCGGCGAGUGUUGUGGAUGUGAAGGUGGGUUUUUUGAAAAGAUUGUUGGAGUUAAAGGGCCUAAGUGUGAGAAGGAAGUGGAGAGAUUGGAGGGGUGGAUUAGGUAUUUUUUAGGUGAUGGUGGAGAGGAGAGGAGGGAGCCUUUGAUGCUGGCUUUUUUGCUUUUGGGUAAGGCUGCUUAUGAGCUAGAGGGUGCUGAUGGUGGCGGCUUGGAUUUCCCUUCAACUAUUGAAGAGUUUUUGAAGCUUGACCCACCAGAAGAAUAAAGAUUGAAGCUUCUUCUUCUUCUUUUUUUGUAAGUUGAGUUUAUUAGCAAAAUAAGAGUGGUAUUUGCUAUCUGUAGCCCCUAGGCGAGGUUUGUCAUUAAUGGUAAGGGUGGAUUUUUUGUCAUUAA